GUGACAAGCCAGGGAAGGGCAGAUUAAAGGGAGGGAGGAGGGACAGGGAGAGGAGGCGGGGGAGCCAAAACUGGCAACCCUGCCCCAACUGCCAAAGUCCUAUUUUGUCAUUGGGUGGCUGUGACAGAGAGAGGGAGCCAAGAGAGAAAUAACAGAGAAAGAGAGAGAGAGGGAGAAAGCGAGAGACUACGAUUGGAUGCCAGUGAUAGAGUAAAAGACUAAAGCAGCUUGUGAAUUUUCUUAGUUGUCAUGGGCCCUUGGGGGUCGAUCAAGUGGCACCGCUGACUCACAGAGGAGAGGACAGAAGACACAUCAAGAAACAACAACAACCACAAAAAACGCGCACAAGUGACAAGAAGUAACUAAGGACAACAAAGCUUUUAUAAGUAACAGCUUGAGAGAAACACAAGAGAGUGAGGGGCACCCAGGGUGAGUGUCUCAUCCAGAGGGGAGACGGUCUUUAGUGUGAGAGCAGCUGACAAGAUCACCCAGAUCCUUCGGUCCAUCGUCCAUCUGUCAGUCCGUCUACUGAGGAAGAGGCAGAGACAUGAAGAGACCUCACGACUACAGCUCCCCAGACUCGGACACAGACGAGUUUAUUGACGUGGGACAAGAAGACAGCUAUUGCCCAGUCACCGGGUCCAUGUCUCCUGGCAGCGCCUCGCAGAUUCUGGCUCGAAAGAAGAGAAGAGGGGUGAAGAGGCGCAGAGACCGCAUCAACCACAGCCUGUCAGAGCUCCGCAGACUUGUACCCAGUGCUUUUGAGAAACAGGGUUCAUCUAAGCUGGAGAAAGCAGAGAUUCUGCAGAUGACAGUGGACCACCUCAAACUGCUGCAUGCCAUGGGAGGAAAAGGAUACUUUGCGAGGGCCUUGGCAGUCGAUUAUAGGACCCUGGGUUUUAGGGAGUGUGUUGGGGAGGUGGUGCGGUACCUCAGUUCCCUUGAGGGGGAGUCCCCGGACCCUAUAGGAGCCCGCCUGUCCCACCUCUCACACUGCGCAAGUGAGUUAGACCCUCUCCUCUUACAGUGCCCCGGCUCCGCCUUGCCCUUCCCUCCUUGGCCGUGGGCGUCCUUUCCUCAGAUCUCCCCCACCUCGCCAGCCUCCUCCUCGCCUCCAUUCCCCAACGGGCGACGGGAUCUCGCCCUGCUGGGGAGCUACCCAUCGCCUGCCUCCCUCCGCCUCGCCCCCUUGGCUGGCUGCCAGCAAGGCGCACCGCCACUCCUCGCGCCCACAGCUCUGGCCACCGUCCACAGGAUGCCCUCCCUCGCUGCGUCCCCAGCCCUCGCCCCCUCCAGGCCGACCCAGCCAUCCCCUCACUGUGCCACCAGGGCCUCGCCUCUUCCCCUCCCCACUUCCUCUUCCUCUCCCUCCUCCUCCUCCUCCUCUUCUACUUCAUCAACCUCUGCUCCGCCGCAAGUCUCUUUCAGGCCCUUUGCGCCUCUGGGGUCUCCCACAGCCCAGCGCAGGGGCUUGAGCGGUUCAGCCAAGGCGACCCAGGGAUGGGGGACUGAGAUCGGAGCCUUCUGAAGCUCAACUCGGUUUUGUUUUCCAAAUGAACUCUGUACAGUGGACAUGGAGCUCCCAUGUGCACCAUGUAGCAAAUAUGAUACCUUUGGAGAAAAUAAUGGACCUUUGAUGAUUGUCUCCACCUUUAAGGGACUCUAAAAGCCAUAUCAGACUAUGGGUGAAGUUUUAGAUAAACACAAACAAUCAUGUAUGAUAAUAGAAUGGAGGAAUGUGAAGGAAUAGAAGGUUUGAAUAAAUCCAUGUUCAUGAUCUUGCUUGACAAAUACACACAUAGAAGAGUGUCCAACAGAGCCAUAUAUACAACGCUCAACGGGUUGAUGUUGAGUUUUCACUGAUCUUUUAACUGUGAUAAUUGUUUUUUUUUUUUUCUCCAAAACAUUUAUACAUUUGAUUACCUUUUCCAACUCUGAGGAAUGUUUGACAAAAAUCUCUAUAAAGACUAAGUGCCUUUA